AUGCCUCCCGUACGGUGCAACUUUGCCUCAGCACUCUAUGACCGCAUGGUACCUCUUGCGGUCGGCGAGGUGCAGCCAGCAGGUCUGUCGGUCAACUUCAUCGACGUCCAUCAUCCGCGUGACAUCUUCGACCGGAUGAUAGCGAACCAGGAGUUCGAUGCUUCAGAGUUGUCCAGUUCGGAAUACAUCACCCGCCACAUCGCUGGAGACCGCACUUUCAUUGCAUUACCGGUUUUCGCAUCUCGGGUGUUCCGGCACAGCUUCAUCGUCGUCAACAAAGACAGGAUCAAGGAACCGAAGGACCUCAAUGGGAAGAGGGUUGGUGUGCAGUUGUACACGAUGACUGCUGCCGUCUUCAUUCGAGGUCUACUUCAACAUGAAUACGGAGUCGACAUUUCGUCAAUUGAAUGGGUGGAAGGCAAAAUGGAAGGACCAGGCUCUCACGGCAAGCCCUCGGCCUUGCCGCCCCUGAAGCCGAUCAAGAUCACGCAGAACACCAAUCCCACCAAGUCUCUUUCCGAUCUCCUCGAGACAGGCGAGAUUGACGCCACAAUCGGUGCUGAUAUUCCUGCCUGCCUCGGCAAAGCACCACACAUCGACCGUCUCUUCCCAGACUUCAAGAAAGUGGAGAUGGAGUACUACAAGCGGACAGGGAUUUUCCCCAUCAUGCAUCUAGUUGCCAUGCGCCGAGAUUACUACGAGCAAAACAAGUUCGCGGCAUCGGCCCUGUACAACGCCCUUAAUGACAGCAAGGAGCUAGCCAGAAAGCGGAUGGAGAGUACGGGCGCGCUGAGAUACAUGCUCCCAUGGCUUCCUCAAGAGCUUGAUGAGAUCCAUGAGGUUUUUGGAGAAGACUGCUGGCCCUACGGUAUCGAGGAGAACCGGAAGACUCUGGAAGCGCUCGUGCAGUAUCUGUAUGACCAAUCGAUGAUUGAGAAGAAGGUGCCUAUUGAGGAACUCUUUGCACCGGUGAGGAAGAUCAAUUUCAGGAUAGGCUGA